AUGCCAAUCAUUCCAAAUAACCUAGCUCCUCCCCCUAUGCCUGUCAUUCCACCUACCCUGGAUCCUCCCCCUAUGCCUGUUAUUCCAGAUACCCUGGAUCCUCCACCUAUGCCUGUCAUCCGGGAUGAUGCGGCUCCGCCGUUGAUGGCAGCACAUGUUUCAUACACGUCUGUCGUCGACAAAAUCAUUAUGGACUCUCGUCUAGCUAUUUUCUCUGAGAGGAAGCAAGGUCGCUAUUCUCCACCCCCUGAAGCAUGCCACCUGCUCCUUCAAAACCCUUAUUUUCGAACCUACGGCAGGUUUGAUCCCAUGGGCGGCUACCCCGGUUCGCCUCCCACCCAGUCUGACAUUGAGUUCGAGAAUGUGACAGAUCAGACGGCGUAUUUUAACCCUCCUUUUCUAUAUAAUUAUACCGAGCAGCAGCUACGGGCAACAUACGACCAAAUAAUUGACAGUUCCGUCGGCGACAGUAGUUAUGACGGAAAGGUUACAACGUUCAAGAACCUCCGGCUGCAUCAGCUGCAGUCAGAGAUUCUGACUUAUAAUGUGCUGGAGGAAAUUGACGCUGGGCUGGCAGGGAUUGAAUCGAGUUUGGAAAAGCAUUUGUAUACCGGUAGAGAUGAAUAA